UGUGUUUGAGAUGUAUCUGAUAGCAAUGCAUAUUUGGCAACUGUUUACAGGGAGGCGUAUCCCACAGCGGCAUUCCAUUUGCCAAGAAUGCUUGGGUCUCCUCUCUUGUACCCCUUACAACCCCGAGUGAGUGUGUGAUCGCUUGCUUUCAUGCGUGAGUGUGAAAAUUGCUUUCCUUCAAGUGACUUCAGAUGAGAAUCUCAACAGAGAAAAAAAGCAAUAUUUGAUAUUGCAUAGGACAGAAAAAAAGAGAUUGUGCAAUCAAAACCAGUGCGUACUUCCUUGCCGUAGGCGGGGCAUGAGGAAUAUAUGCGGAAUCGUGCUCCAGGUGUGCGUCUUCUCCCAGGACCAUACAGAAAGUUCACAUAGAGUUUCUGAGAUUGCUCCAUUCAUCAACAAGCGCACAGAACUGGACCGAAUGUAGCCUAGUGCCACAGACAACAUCAAAGACAGCCAGUGUUGUGUCUGGGAAUCAAGACUUUAGUUAACCGGAGACACGGCAUUAUACGCACUCAGCUCCUGCUGAUCACCAGAAUGUUCAGGAGGAGAGGAGAUGUUCUCGUGGCUGUAGGUAACAGGCAGUAGCAGUGGAGAUGGUCCCCUGGGCCACCUUCCUGGUGACAUGCAUAUGGAUACAGACCCUCAAAGCCUCAGGACUGGACACCUGUCCCAGGACCCCUCGCAAGGAGGUGGAUUUCACCUUUAACUACUCAAUACCCCACUUCCAGACAGCCAAACCCAUCCAGAACAUAGUGGUCAACCUGUACAUGCCUGAGGUUUAUGUGGCUUCUCAGAAUGUGAUUGAGGCAGUGAGUGGAGAGCUCAGUAAGUUAUGGGAGCUGAGGACAGGCCCAGUGGGCAGCCCGGAGUGUCAGACCUGUGGCCUGUGUGACAUCGAGGCCGAUCUUGAGGACUCAGUAGACACGGACAAUGAGGUCCUGCUCUUGGACCCAUCACCUUAUCUUAACUCUCUGUACUCCUGUGGGAGCUCUCAGCAUGGGGUCUGUCACUUACAUGAACUUAGCUCUAAUGAUACCCCACCUAAAUCUGAAUGUCUCUUCAGGAAGGAUGCUAACUCUCCGUCCCUUUGCCCUGACUGCCUGGCCAGCCCCCUGGGCACUGAGGUCAUCAUCGUGGAGCAAGGCUACACAGCCUACUUCUUUGUAGCGGCUACACUCAAUGAGCGUGUGGCACAGAGGUACGGCAGACCGUCCUUAUCGGUGCGCCGGCCACUGUCGACCCUGGAUGGCUUUGAGAUGGUCAUGCAGGGUCUGACUGUGCUCCCUAAACUACAGAACUCCUACCGGAUCGACUACAUCUACAGCUUCUCCACACAGGACUAUGUCUACUUCCUGUCUGUCCAGAGGGAGAACUUCCUGGACUCAUAUCAGACGCGGUUGGGCCGUUUCCCGGUGAAGGACACGGAAGCGUGGCUGUACCGUGAGGUGGUGCUGGAGUGUCGCUUCGAGCCCAAACGCAGGCGGAGGAGGAGGGGGGGGAACAAUAUUUUCCAGGACGUGGUGUAUAAUGGGCUGCAGGCGGCCCACUUCAGCCGGGCAGGGAAGGAGCUGGCAGAGGAGCUGGGGGUGGGGGAGAAGGAUGAGAUCCUCUAUGGAGUGUUUGCAGUGACAGAUGGUUCUGGGAGGCCCUACAGUAACUCAGCCAUGUGUGCCUUCCCCAUGCCCAACGUGAACAGGGCCAUCGACCGGGGAGCGGAGGACUGCUGCAGGUCUAGCACAGAGCAGCUCUCCAGGGGGCUCUGCCACUUCCAGCUCUGCGAGAGCUGCCCUCAUGAGAGCUCCGACAACAACGUUACAUGCAUGGCCAAGUCCACCCUGGUGUCUAAGCCAUACUACAGGUUGGACCUCUUCAACAGGUACAUGAACAACAUCCUGCUCACCUCAGUACUGGUCACCAUCAUCGGGAACAACACUGUGGCACACAUUGGCACCAAGGACGGCAGGCUGUUGCAGCUCAUCCUGAGGAGGUCAAAUCCCAUCAUCUUUGCCAACUAUUCUCUGGGAGAGGACACUGAGGUGUCCAGGAAAGCUGCUGUGCAAUCUAACGAGUCCUUGCUCUUUGUGGUUGGAAAUAAGAUGUUCAGUGUGUCUCCUAAAGGACCAGGAUGUAAACACUUUCUGACCUGCUCCACGUGUCUGAUGGCGCCCAGGUUCAUAGGGUGUGGCUGGUGUUCGGGGGUGUGCUCCAGGCAGGAGGAGUGCCUCAUACAGUGGAAGAGUGAGUCCUGUCCUCCCGUCAUCACAAAGUUUUCCCCAAAGACGGCUCCCCCUGAUGGUGAGACAGAGCUGAGGCUGUGUGGCUGGGAGUUACAGUCUCCUCUACGACCAGCCAUCAUCAGCGAGGAGACCCACCUGGUGCGAGUGGGAGAGACUCCCUGCACUGUGCUGUCAGAGAAGAGCAAUAGUACACAGCUGGUGUGUAGCAUUCACCCUAAGGUUCCGGGUCCAUCCCAGGAUCUCAACAUCACUGUGGCAGUGCAUGAGGGGAAGGUGGAGGGACGCUACUCAGUUGAAGGCCAGGCCCAAAUGAUAGGGUUCACUUUUGUGGAGCCAAGUAUCACAGAAAUCACUCCUGACUACGGGCCUCAAAUAGGGGGAACCUUGGUCACAGUGACAGGGCCUCACUUGAAUGCUGGAAUGAUAAAGACUGUGUCUAUAGGAAACCAGGACUGCCCCAUCAAGAGUGUCACUGAGGGUACUGGGACCAUGUCCUCCAUAGUCUGCCUGUCCAAAGGGUUGGCAGUGGUGAAGAAGGUGCCUGUCAGGGUUUUCAUUGACAAAUCCCAAGUGGCUACUACCAAGAUGUUUCACUACAAGAAGAACCCUGUGAUCACUGUGAUACAGCCAGUCUGCAGCUUCAGAAGUGGAUCCAAAAUCAUCAUAAAAGGCAGUAAUCUGGACUCUGCGUACAACACUGUGAUCCGCUACAAAUCCCACAACCCCUCACAGAUGCUUCUGCAGCGUGUCUGCAAUGGCACAGCAACCCCCACACGUAUGGAGUGCUUCGCCCCUGUUUUCCCCAGGAAUGAGACCGACAAGGGCAUCAUCACUAUCAACAUGGACGGGGCCAACAAACUUGUGGUGAAGCGCUUCGAAUACCAACCAGACGCCAGCAUCACCCCCUUUGAGUACGAAGGCAACGUACUCCGCCUGAACCCUGGACAGACUGAGGUUUCCCUGCAUCACAACAAGCUGAGUAUGGUGAGUCCCUGUAUGGAGAUUACAAUGAGCAUUGGAGGUGUGGACUGUGGUGUCCAGGUACUGGACAACGAACUGACCUGCAGGAUCCCCAAGAAUCUCAUCAUCCCCAGUGAAGGGUCACCUGUCAGGGUGUCUGUGAAUGGGCAUGCCUAUGAGGUGGGCACUGUGGUCUUCUUCAGCAACACUGUCAACACAGUGGGUGUGGUGAUGGGGAUCUUUGCUGCAUUGUGCAUUGGCGCUGCCCUGGCUUUCAUCACCAUGAAACAUGUGAGGAGGAAAAAGAAAGAAAUUUCAGUCAAUGUAGAGACUCGUUUAGCAAGGAUGUCCGCCCGCAGAAGAAUAAGCAGCAACCCUGACCUAUCCCCCACAGGUGACUACAGACGAGACCUGUCCUACCAGCCGAGCCAGACGACAGGCUCAGGAGGGAUAACCUUCCAUGGCCUGGUCUACACUGCCACCUUUGACCCCUUGGCCGUGCCUCUGAUCUCAUUGGACACCCUGAAACCUGAGCUCCUGGAGGAGGUCAGAGACGUCCUGAUCCCAGCCGACACGGUCAACAUUCACCACAACCAGAUCAUUGGUAAAGGUAAUUUUGGGACUGUGUACCAUGGCUACCUAACAGACAACAAGAACCAAGAACAGUUAAUCCACUGUGCUGUUAAAGCAUUGAACAGGAUCACAGCCCUGGAGGAGGUGGAGCAGUUCCUGAGAGAGGGCAUCCUGAUGAAGGAGUUCCACCACACCAACGUUCUGUCCCUGCUGGGCAUUAUUCUGCCCCAGGAGGGGCUCCCCCUGGUGGUGCUGCCCUAUAUGAAAUAUGGAGACCUGCGCCACUUUAUACGCUGUGAAAGGAGGAACCCAAUGGUGAAAGACCUGAUUGGCUUUGGGCUGCAAGUUGCCAAAGGGAUGGAGUACCUGGCCCAGAAGAAGUUUGUACACAGAGACCUGGCAGCUAGGAAUUGCAUGCUUGAUGAAACGUUCACGGUGAAGGUGGCAGACUUCGGCAUGGCCAGAGAUGUCUUUGACAAAGAGUACUACAGCAUCCAGUACCACAAGAAGGCCAAGCUGCCAGUCAAGUGGAUGGCCAUAGAGAGCCUGCAGACACAGAAGUUCACCACUAAGUCAGACGUGUGGUCAUUUGGGGUCCUGAUGUGGGAGCUGUUGACCAGAGGAGCUAGCCCCUAUCCUGAAGUGGACCCCUAUGACAUCACUCAAUUCCUGUUGAAGGGGCGCAGGCUUCCCCAGCCACAGUUCUGCCCUGAUGUCCUGUACUCAAUCAUGCUGGAGUGCUGGGACCCGGAGCCGGAGCUCAGGCCUGAUUUCCACACGCUGGACCAGGAGGUCCUGGAGAUCUGGUCCUGCCUGGAGGGAGAGCACUACAUCAGCCUUAAGGUGACCUACGUCAACCUGGACCAGCCACGGCCCUACCCAGCCCUGACCGCCUCCGCUGACGAGGCUGAAGCCUCUUCUGGAUCAGAGUCAGACAGCGUUAUGUCCAACUGACUGGACUCAUCAGAACUGACUGGACCACACCAGAACUGACUGGACCAGACCAGAACUGGCCGGACCAGGACAGGGACAGUAGAGAGAGGUCAGAGGGCACUGAUGAAAGGCUUCUCCUUUUCCUAUCCACGCCGUAUGCAGAAAUAAUCUUGCAGUUCUGUUACUUGAGACUGGAUUGGGAAGGAAUAAAACAUUGACUAUUGACUAAAUUUGUCCACUUGUGUGAGCAAUGACACUGCAUUUUAAUGGGGUUUCCCCUACCUUGUGAGUACACAAAUUAUGACUAUAUCAUAUUUUUGUGCACUUUUAAUGCAGUUUUUUUUUUUUUUAAAGGUAGUUCGAGAAAUUGUAUUUAUGGGACACCAAGUGAACCCUCUCCAUGUCUGAAGCACAGCUGUAAAUAUGAACAAAUUAAUGUAAAUGUCUGAAAUGUGGAUAUGUCAUGCUAAUUAAUGACUAUGAUUUAAGCUUGACAUUAAUAUGUUUAAUAGGAUGGAUUUCACAUUUUUGAGUCAGAUUUUGCUAACUUUUUUGCUAUGGCUGUGUUUACACACUGAUCUUUUUGUCACUAUUGGUCUUUUGACCGAUCAGAUCUUUUGACUAUAAUGGGCUAAAGAUCAGAAUUGUGCUGCAUGUGUAGACAGUAUUCGAGAUGGUCAUUUGUGUUGAUGAUCAUUUGAUUUAUGGUAUGAAAUGUGUCCACUGACCAAACUGGUCAACUUUUCUGCAUUUACACAGGCACCCCAAUUCUAGUAUUUUUUUCACUAACUAAUUGGUCUUUUGGCCAAUCAGAUCUGAAAAAGAUCUGAUGUGAAAAGAUCUUAUGUGAUUGUCAAAAAUGAAUUAGCGGCGGGAAAAAUCUGAAUUGGGCUGCCUGUCAACUCAGCCCUUGAGAUUCACAAGGACACACUUCUGAGAGGAUAGUUCAGUUAGCCAUCCUUAUUAAUGGGUAAGCUUUAAAUUGCCCUUCCUCUUCAGAGAAAAUAAUAAUAGGAAUACUAGUUGAUACUCAGUUCAACUGUCACACCCCAUCAGAACCAUAAAUAUAAGCUUGUUUUACUCCAUUGUUUGUAAACAAUGUAAUUUUAAACAAACACUGUAUAGCCUCAAAACAUGGUUAAAACUAUACUUUUGAUAUCAUGGAUGGUCAGUCCUUGUAUUCAUAGCUUUGAGAGUGGUUAAAAUUCUCCAGCCCCAUCCCUCAGCUGUUUACCAAAACAAGUAGGGGGUGGCUGCUUUGUUGUUGUUUGAACUGCGGAUUGCCCAUUUAACUCAGAGCUGAAGUAUGCCCCUCAUUUCAUACUGCUUGUUAGUCUUUGAAUCCAUCACUAGAGGUCAGUAAAAACCUUUGUCACGAGUACUUUUGCUGCAGUAUUCUGCACGUCAUCAGACCAAGGUACACGCCAGAACUUUGUUACAACAAUCUAUGUUUCACACUACAAUGCUUAAAGGAGAUAAGAGGGAUGUUUACUUUGUCUGCAUAAGGAACUGGUUAUGAUUGGCGCUGGCAGACUGUUGUCUGUACUGAAAUCUCAGGACACCCUAUAGCCUUAGUUCUCUUUUUUAUUUCAGUCACUAGAUGUGUAAUCCCCAACUGUGUUUAUCUUGUGGAUUGUUUUAGUGACAUCAAUCAGAAAACACAAGUCUACGUUUGUAUCAACAUGAAGAAAGUAAAACAUUAGAUUUAACACAGCCAAUCAGAUGACUAGUUUCUGUACAGUAGCCAUGAAUACAGGUGUUCAUGAGAGAUGUGUUUUGGGUUAUUGCUGAAGGGUUUGAAGUAUUUCACAGACUUCUGGGCUCUCUCCUCUGUGCCUCCCACUGAGCAGAGCUGGAGAUACUCUCACUGCAGAGAUGAUAAUAGGUUUACCUGUCAUAAACACCAGCACACUGUGGAGCUAUUGUAAAGAGCAGCCUCUUAAUAUGCUAUGUGUGUGUGUGUUUGUGUGUGCAAAUGUGUGAGGGUGUUUAUGUUUAUGUUAACCUUUUCAAUUGGGCACUCUUGAAAGCUUGCUCAGUGGUCUUCGAAAAGGAAAAGGUUGACGACCUGCGCUGUACACCAUAUUACAGUUUCAUAUUUUGACAGAAUGCAACAAUAGGUUAACUUUGGUAUGAAGAGGCUUUUAUGUAAACAGUUCCACAUAAUGUUCCACUGUGUUGUAGGCUACAGUUUUGAAUUAUGCUUUUCUACAAUGUCCUUGAGACAAGUAUUUCUUUAAUUCAAUCUGGAAUGGCGAUCAGAGAAAUGCUGUUAAUGCUAUAAUGGCUGAUGUACUAACUUAGAUUUUUUGUUUGAUUUAUCAGGCUCCCCAUCUGCUGAUCUAAUGGUGAGAGCUACUCUUACUGGGGUUCGACACAUAACGGAAAAAACAUUACAGACAAAAUACUUUACAAUUUGCAUACAUUUAAAAACAUGAA